CCGCGCAGCCAAGAAAAUGGCCAACAACACGCCGGUGUCGCUGGGUUCGAGCGUAUCUUUGCGCGUCGUUUUGUGAACCCCGUAGUCCGCAUUCACGUUGACGUCUGUCGCCAUUUCCUCGGCGCGGAGGAGCCUGUCCGUUUAUAUUGCAAGCUAUGGCAGAAGGAAAUGGAGAGAUAAAAAUGGAAGAAAAGCAAGAAAUGGAAAAUGUGGAACGGACAGAAGAUUUUAACAAACUUAUACAAUAUGGAUUAGAUGAGAAAGUAGCUGCCAAAUUGGAUGAAAUUUAUAAAACAGGCAAAUUGGCUCAUGUUGACCUGGAUGAAAGAGCUCUCGACGCUUUAAAGGAAUUUCCAGUUGACGGUGCACUAAACGUUCUUACACAAUUUUUGGAAUCUAAUUUGGAGCAUGUAUCCAACAAAUCGGCAUAUCUUUGUGGAGUUAUGAAAACAUAUAGACAGAAAAGUCGCGCUGGUCAAGGUACGGGUACUAGUACGACGCCCAAAGCCCCAGAUGAAGAUAAAAUUAAGUUAAUUCUGGAAAGAACAGGAUACCCUUUGGAUGUAACUACUGGACAAAGAAAAUAUGGUGGUCCUCCACCAAAUUGGGAGGGCCCAACUCCUGGCACUGGUUGUGAGGUUUUUUGUGGCAAAAUUCCAAAAGACAUGUACGAAGACGAAUUAAUUCCGUUAUUUGAAAAAUGCGGGAAGAUUUGGGAUUUGAGACUGAUGAUGGAUCCCAUGUCAGGUUCCAAUAGAGGAUAUGCAUUUAUCACAUUUACUAACAGGGAAGCUGCGCAGCAGGCUGUCCGAGAGCUCGAUAAUCACGAAAUAAAACCCGGCAAGAGUCUGAAAGUAAACAUUAGCGUUCCUAACCUACGACUUUUUGUGGGGAACAUACCAAAGUCAAAAGGCAAAGAGGAGAUCUUGGAGGAAUUUGGUAAAUUAACAGCUGGCUUGACAGAGGUGAUUAUCUACAGUUCACCGGAUGACAAAAAGAAGAAUAGGGGUUUUUGUUUCUUGGAGUACGAAUCUCACAAAGCAGCUUCUUUAGCCAAGAGAAGGCUGAGUACCGGACGUAUCAAAGUUUGGGGAUGUGAUAUUAUUGUCGAUUGGGCGGAUCCUCAAGAGGAGCCAGAUGAACAAACCAUGUCUAAAGUGCGUGUACUUUACGUACGAAAUUUGACACAAGAUUGCUCUGAGGAGAAGUUGAAGGAAAGUUUUGAACAAUAUGGCAAAAUUGAGCGAGUAAAAAAGAUCAAGGAUUAUGCCUUUAUACACUUUGAAGAUAGAGAUAAUGCUGUUAAGGCAAUGAAUGAAUUGAAUGGUAAAGAAAUGGGUGGAUCUCAUAUAGAAGUUUCAUUGGCAAAACCACCAUCCGAUAAGAAGAAGAAGGAAGAAAUGCUACGCGCCAGAGAAAGACGAAUGAUGCAAAUGUUACAGGGUAGAGGCGGAGGAUCUCCGUCUCAUCCCAGCAUGAUGGGUGGACCAAUGCCAGUUCGUGGACCUACACAAGGACCUCGGGGCACUGGUGCAGGUAUGCGUGGACAGAUGGGACGAGGCGAUUACGAUUAUGAUUACGACUAUUACGGUUAUGGGGAUUAUCGAGGUGGCUACAGUGAUCCCUAUUACGAUGACUAUUAUCGAUACGAAGAUUACUAUUUCGAUUAUGCGCCGCCUCCGCCACCUGCCAGAGGGAGAGGCAGGCAGCCUCAACCGGCUGGUCGUGGCCGUGGAGUAGUGCCACGUGGCCGAAUCGGUGGCCCGCAAGCCCGUGGGCCGGUCAGGGGGGGACGCAACCUCGCAGCUUCAGGGGCCCGUGGGGUCCAGCGGCUGGCCGCUCGUGGGGGGGUCCGCGCCAAGGGAAGUUUACCAGGUGAGGAUGCAGGUAAACGAAAAUUUGACGGGGGUCACCAGAACCAGGGGGAAUCUAAGCGUCGCUUCCAGAGCAAUUGGGGAAACCAGCCCCUCGCCCAACAACCAUUGGGCAAUGCAUAUGGAUUGGCGAGUGUAAAUGGUGGCAGCGGUGGUGGUGGCGGUGACAUAGCUUUCGGAAGUAGAGCCGGCACACUCGGUGGUGUUUCCGGUGACGAUCACGAAUGGUAUCAAGACUCUUACCAGUCGUGGAGCUAACUUCUGCAAUCUUGUGAGUGAUAAAAAAAAGAUACGCACGAACAAAUAUACGAUAAACGAGGAAUAGAAAAUAUAUAAAAUAAGGAGAGAAAAGAUCAGAUUGACAAAAAAUGGAGCAAGAAAGAAGAUAGAGAGAGAGAGAGAGAGAGAGAGAGAGAGAGAGAGAGAGAGAGAGAGAGAGAGAGAGAGGAAACUUAAUACGAAAGAACAGAGAUCAUUUAUUUGUAUUAUUAUCGCUCUUAAUCGAAUUGAAGUAAUUGUAAAUGUUUUUUCAUAUUAACGAUAUGCAGCAACAACUGUGUUCUGCGCCACCACCAUCGCCCGCUGUUGUUGUGAUUAUGUACAGUGAUGUGCCACUGAGACUAAUUAUACCGAAGUGUGACCACCCACCCACCCCGUACUAUCAUAUAUUAUUAUUAUGAUAAUACUAAUCUAAGUACCACUACUGCAUUGUCACAUUGUUUACUGCCAAGUGAUGAAGAUCAGCGAUGUUGACAUAAGGAUUGUGAUGGCUUGUAUUAGUUAAGAGAGACUCAUGGAAGCCUGCGGUUUUUAUUACGCGAUGAUUAGAUGUUUUGAAUCUAUAUGACGAAGCAUGUAUGUUAGAUAGGUCAAAGGAACGAAGUAAAGCGCGAAAAGAAAAACGAAAAACUUAUAAAUGAAAGAUAGAAAUCGAAAUGGAAGUCCAACUUUGGGAAAGCAGGAAACGUAGCUAGACGAGUAAAAGCAUAGGGCGAGAAUGCGAUAUUUAGUGAGUAUGAAAGAGAGAGAAAAAUUGUCCUUAAACGGAAUGUGUCUGUGUGUAUUUGUGCGAGGAACGCGUUACGCGCGUCGCAAGACCUUCUAUUGUUGGUCUAUAAACGUGUACAGUCAGUGAAACUAUUAUUAUUAAGAGUCACACAGGCAAGGUUUUGCGGAUGUUAGCGAGUAUGAAAAACGUUACAACGGCUCUGCGAAUGUCUCCCACAUUAGGUUUUGCUUAUCGGUCACGCGAGGAUUUUAUUGGGUAAGAAAAGGAGAGAAAAUGAAAAAAAAGAGUAUUGCUCACAAUCGAGAGGAAACCCACUUGUACAGUAAAUUUUUCAAUGACAGUAUCCAAGUAGCAAGGCAAACUCGGAUCCAAAUUAUAAUAUAUUUAUUUGUUAAUGUGUUUCUUUUUUUUAUUGAAAAAUUAAAAAAUUGAUCGUUGAAAGCAAAUAUUUAAAGUGAGUCUAUUCCCUUUGAAAGGGAAACGAAAAAAGAGUGUAUUGUUUUUUCUAAAUUUUAUGUAAAAAGUAAAUUUGUUUCUUGUAUUUUUUUUUAAGAAAAAGAGAAGUUUUUAAAGAUGAUUGACUACAAAUUUGAUAAUGAUAGUCACAGAUUGAGGUAGGAUGUAAAAUGUAAUGUUUACAAAAUGCAUGAACACAUACAGCACACAUUUUGAGUGUUGACUUGUUGUUAUUGUUAGUCUGUUAGUUAAUUAGUAAGAGUUGUAAGUGCGGGCUGUAGUUGGUCCCUGUCCCUGGAGCCCAGACACCCCCUGUUCUGGAUGAUUAUUUAAAAAAGAGAAGGAAAAAAAGGAAAACAACAGAUCAUUUGUAUUUUACACGCACCCCCGGAAUAUGAAAACAAACAUGACGUAAAGACAAAAGAAAAGAAAACUAAAAAAGAUAUAAUGGAAUAGCAUAUUAAACUUCUGUUUGUUGUAACACACCAAAUGAGACGAUACAACACUGCAUACAAACAUACUAAACGUGUGUGUGCACCUAUACUUAUCCAUCUACACACACACACACACACAGAUAGAGGGGAGUAUGUGCGCAUAUGGGCGCGCGCGCACACACAUACACAUUUAUAUAUCAAUUUGUGUGUGUGUGUGCGUGUGCGCGCGCGCGCACGCGCGUGUGUGUGAGACAAGAUAUCAAGUAUAAUUUGAUACCGAACAAUUAUGCCACAAAAAUGAUUAACUUGAGUAUACAAAGAUUGCAUCUCAUCGCAAUAUAGUAUUACUAAUGAUUUUUUUACCUCUCCUUUCACACACACACACACACACACACGCACACGCACGCGUGUAUACUCAAUAAGAAAAAAAAAUGCGAAAUGAUUGACGCACCAAUGGACGAAAUGGUUGGAUAAUAAUGAUAGAUUGUUCGCCCGACCUCAUUUUACGAGCAUUUUGUUAAUUUUUAUUCAUAUUUUACUUAAGUCUAAUUCUUCUUUGUCAUCGAUACUGUUUUGUUGGUAGCGAUGAAUUUAACCGCAUCUAGUAAUAAUGAUUAGACAAGAAAAUUUCCUCCGUUCUUAUAUACACGUUUUGUCUCAGUAAUUGCGAUCAUUGUUUAUACAAAAAAGAUAGAAAAAAGGAAGGAGGAAAAAAAGAAAAUUUAAAAGCGAAUUACAUCGCGGUUUAUGUUUAGCUAUUUCAUUUCGUUUUAGUCCUCUCGUGCUCCCUCCUCCCUUUUUUACCGUCCCCAAUUGUUCGUCUACCACAUAUUUUAUAUAUACCUACCUACUCUACUUACUUACACAUCCUAUUUAUAAAAGCAUAAUAUCGAGGAUAUAAUAAUAUUAAUAUUAACAAUAUGAUAAGGAUGAUAUUGCUAAUCAUAAUUGAGUGGGUUUUUGUGAACACAUGAUAAUAUUCCAGUAUAAAAGAAGAAAAAUUCUGUUUUUUCCGUGCAAAAAUGUAAUUAAUAAAAAGGGAUUAAUAGGAAUACGAUAGAAAAGAAUAAAGACAAAAAAGAUAAUGAAAAAGAAGCAAGAGAAUAUGUUAUAUGUUACACAUGUAUACACACACACACGUACAUAAAUGCAGAGAUACGAUUAAAGAGAGAGUUCGGCUUGCGGGGGCAAGGAAGCAUAACUUGGCUAAAGCGGAAACAGUUCACGGUGACGAGAUUCUUAGACUGAUCUAGGUACUAGCGUUUAUCGAUAAUACCACCGACUCCGCCUCUGUUGAAAAGGCGCCCCAAGAGUAUCACUAUCAUAAUUCCUUUCCCGUUUUUUUUAUCCUCGCCGUUUCGCCCCGUGCCCUCUUCCCAUUUUUCGUCUUCAUGCUUUGUCUUUUUCAAACUUCUCAUGCUCUUUGUCUCUCCCGUAUUCUUUAUUUCCCUCUUCUUCUUUUGUAUUCUGAUAAUCGAUGUGGCAGCUGGGGUGCCUGGGGUGGUUAUUGGUUGCAUUUUAGAAUAAUGCACCAUACACACUGUGGCUGGCGAUGCCGUAGCCGCGUUCGCGCGUACUCAUGCGCGCCUUUCUUUUUUUUGCCCGGCCAACGCCCCGGUUAAAGUAAUGACAAUGAUAAUAAUAAUAAUAAUUCACAGCAUACAUUGUGUCCUUUUUUGGGGAGAGAGGGAUUGUUCACAUCAUACGGGGCGAUUAUAUCGCGAUUGGCCACCUCUCACGUGUCAGGCGGAUAUUGUGUGAUCCAUGGGCUAACAUGGCGAACGUUAGUUCAAAGUGGCCCACGAACCACGUGUUUUUUUAAUUAUAUAUAUAAAUAUAUAUUAUAUUCCUACGAAUAUGCAUUUUUGUGACGUGAUGUUAUUUAGCACUAAUUAACGAGAAAGAAGGAAAUCAUAUAAUUAAUGAAAGAUUAAAGAUGAAUAAGAAAAAUCACCGCCUCCAAAUCCCCGAAAAGGAAAAGAAACAUAUGCAUAUGUUAUAUCUUUUUUGCGCUACAUGUCAGCUCCGCAGCUGUAAAGCAGAUGUGCAAAAUUUAUCGUCAAAUUUUUUGCCGUUAAUUGUAUUUUGCGUUUUCUCUCAGAUUAUUUAAUUAUUCACCUUUUCUACCAAUUGCUUUACUUUUUCCUGCAAUUUUUAUUUCUUCAGGUUGCCUCUAAUUUUAAUAGUGUGAAACGUAGUUAAAUAUAAUGAUUAAUAAUGAAUUUAAAAACGAAUGUUAUAACAUGGUUCCUUUUUUCGGGCUAGGAGCUUGAUUUAAAGUGUCAAAGAUUUUGUGUAUGACCAGAUGUAUUCUACAUGUCUCAAUAAACAGUUGUAUGUGAAUUACCUUUCUUAAA